CUGUCGGCGAGAAACGAGGAGAAGAGGACUACACGUCGUCGCGUAAUGUUCGCCGGUGUUGCCGUGUAGAACACGCCCGGUGACGUGGUCAUUGGAACGAGCGAACGUUUCGACGCGACGAUCGUUCGAAAUAGCCGUGUGCACGCGAAUCCUCGGCGUUUCGUCGAAUUUCUUGACGUCGAGCGGUACCAGGAAAGGGCGGCAAACUGUACGGCCACAGGGAGGAAGACAUGCUCACGAUGGAGACGGACCUGAAGGGCGGCAGCCUGCACGGUCAGAUGCCACCGCACCCUCAUCAGGGUGUAUCACCUAUGGGCCACCAUACGGGGGUCUCUCCCUACGGUAGCCUCGGCUCGAUAGUGCACAGUCCAGCCUUAUCGGGAAGCCCGCCGAGUACAGGGCUCGGUUUGGGUCUUCAGCAUCAUCAUCAGACGCCCCAGCAUCACUACGCCUCGAUGCAAGCUGCUCAACAACAACAACAGCAGCAACAGCAACAGCAGAGCAUGCACUCGUUGGCGCAACAAGGUGGCGGUCAACAACAGCAACAACACCACCCGCACCAGCAGCAACAGCAACAGCCUCAACCUCAGCAGCAUCAUCAACCACCGAAUAACAAUAACAAUACCAGCAAGAACAACAACAUCGACCGCGUGAAGAGGCCGAUGAAUGCGUUUAUGGUGUGGUCUCGAGGGCAACGGCGCAAGAUGGCGCAGGAGAACCCGAAGAUGCACAAUUCGGAGAUCUCGAAGAGGCUGGGAGCCGAAUGGAAGCUUCUCAGCGAGACGGAGAAGCGUCCCUUCAUCGACGAGGCGAAACGAUUGAGAGCGGUGCACAUGAAGGAACAUCCAGACUACAAAUAUAGGCCACGACGUAAGACCAAGACGUUGCUGAAGAAGGACAAGUUCCCUCUUGGAGGCGGUGUGGCAGGUGUUGGCGGUAUGUUAGGCGUGGAUCAACGACAAGUCGGUGCUUCCGGUGGUCCUCAACAGGCACAACUUUCACGAGACGUUUAUCAAAUGCCAAACGGUUACAUGCCUAACGGAUACAUGAUGCACGACCCGACGGCCGCGUAUCAGCAGCACGUCGCGUACGGUGGUCAUAUGGGUGGUGCAGCGGCGGCUGCGGCUGCAUCGGCCGCUGGUUAUCCAAGGUACGACAUGGGCCAUCACAUGGGCGGCGGCAGUCCCAGCCCCAUAAACAGCUACAUGAACGGUUACGGCGGUUACGGUGGAACUACUGUGCCCGGUGGAUCACCGUCGCCCUAUCACCAAGCCCAACCUGGCUCUCAGAUGUCGAGUCACAGUCCCAGCGGUAGCAGCAUAAAGUCGGAGCCAACGAGUCCCGCGAGCGGCGGUAUACACACACCGACGCCGACGGGAGCGUCGUCGACGGGCGCGGCUGGCGGCCAGGUCGUGAAACGGGAGUACAACAUGGGCCAACAGCAGACGCAGCAGACGCAGGGCGACCUCAGACAGAUGAUCUCGAUGUAUCUGCCGCAAGGCGUCGAACAGGGCGUCGUGCAACACGGCGCCGGUGUCUACUCGCCUGGACCGUCGCCGGAUCCGCUCGGACAACACCAUUCCGCCAUUCCGCCACUCACUCAUAUGAUAGCUUAGAGUGACAAGCUUGGAUGGACGGCUGUACGUGUGGGACACUCCCUUGAGAAAAAGUGACGGAGAAAGAACGAUAGAAAUUAGACGUGGAAAGAAAGGGCACGAGUGAGAAAGUGUGGCGAGAGGCUGUCGCGCACGGAGAAACUCAGUGUUGAGAGACCGUGGGGGCCGAGGUGGGAUCGCAGAAGGUUUCUCGCAACCUCGGGAGGAAAAAAAUCACGGACAGAGAGAAGACUGUGAGAGAAAAGCGAAACGAACGGGGCAAAAA